UUUGAGGUGUUUACAGAUUAUUCUCCCUGCAGGUGGCUUCAGAUGGAUUGACUUAAACCUGUAAGAUAAUGGAGGGAGCUGGGCACAGAGGAAGAUGGAUCAAAAAAGCCCCUAUUGGCACACUACUGCUGCUUAUGUGCAUGUUCAUCCCCACUCUGGCAUUGUUAGAACCUUCAGAGGAGCCGAUGUGUGAACCUGGGGAAUAUACCAAUGACAAGGGAAUUUGUUGCAACAAAUGCUCUCCAGGUUUUAAGCUCGUAGAAACGUGUCACGCUUUGAAUGAGAGAAGUAAUUGCACACUGUGUCCUGAUGGACAAUACACAGACCAGAUGAACUCCUCCCCCACCUGCAGAAGUUGCAAAAGCUGCAAAGCAUCAAAGCAUGAAGAGGAGGAGUCACCAUGUGAAAGAGACCGCAACGCCAUUUGUCGCUGUGAAGAGGGCUUUUACAAGUCUGUCAUCGAUUCAGAAACAUUCCAGUGUCUCAGAUGUAAACAGUGUCGUAAGGAUGAAAAAUUAAAACAGUCAUGUUCAUCGGAGAAAAACACUGUGUGUGAAUGUACAGAUAAAUACCACAGAGUCAAGGGCAAAUGCGAACCCUGCAAGAAUUGUACCGCUGAGUGCAAACACCUCUGUGCAUCACCCUCUACUCAUAAUACAAAAGCUCCUGAGGUUGUACAUAAAUAUCUUAUCAACAUAAUCGCUGGAGUUGUUGUUGCGGCUGGGGUAUUAGUGGUUGUUGUGGCUCUCAUCACGCACAUGGUCACAAAAAGGUCUACCCAGAAGAAGUUGCUGAAUCCACCCUGCCCACCAUCGGACAUCUCCUCUGACUCAUGCGAGCAAGUCCUGAUCAACAGAAAUGAACUGUCAGAGAACUUGAAAGUUAAAGCUGUUCCCCAAAGUCCUGUGAAUGAGCAGGACCUGUCCAAUCUGCCUGACUGUGUCCCCCUGGAAGUCAAGAUCCCUGCAGUCCCUGAGCUGAUCUACAUGGUGCUGGAUCUGGUGCCUGUGCUGCAGGUGAAGCAGCUGGUGCGUGCUCUCGGUGUGAAAGAUACAGAGAUCGAACAAGCAGAGAUGGAUCACCGAUCCUGCCGUGAGGCUCACUAUCAGAUGCUGAGGGUGUGGGCAGAGAGAGGCUCACAGGCGGGUAUAGGGGGACGAGGCAAAACGCAGCCCUGGCCCUUGUUGCAGGAGUUGUUGGAUGAACUGAGAAAGAUGCACCUGGGACGGGCAGCUGAGGAGCUGGAGACAAAGUACGGCAUUCAGUAAUUCUGCAACGCUGGCCAAGUGGAACAAGGAGCUUAUAAAACCAAGUAUUGUCUCUGUUGAGACUCACUCACAGGCCGCCUCAAAGCUUUCAAACUGAUACGGUGCUACCACGCGGCAGUUUUAUUUCAGCAGUGUCACUGAGCACUCUACCUCUCGUCCUGCCAAUCACUUACUGAAAAGACAGGGUUAAACUACUGAGAGCGAUCGAUCAAAUGGCUAAUGAGCAAAUGACAAAUUCUGCUUAUGCAGAGAAACUUUUGCCAUGUAUAUAUAUAUAUAUUUAGAAAUAAAAAAGGCAUUUUAGCUCUUAGGCUUAGCUGUAAAGAGUAAGUACAGUAAAUAUGAGGCUACGACCAGCACCUGGUUAGCUUAGCUUAGUAUAAAGACAUGAAACUAGAAAAUUGUUAAACUGGUUUUGUCCAAAAGUAACAAAAUCCACCUGUCAGCAUAUCUAAAACUCACUAGUUAGCCAGUUUUAUUGUGAUUUUUAAGAGAGGACAAAAAACUGAAGUGGAAGAAUGACAACUUGAUGUGUUAUGGGGGUUAUGUUCAGUAACACUGGACGGUUUAUCCUCCGGGAGAAUUUAUUUCCUGGAGUCUCCGCUGGUUACCUACUCAUCUAACUUCUCUUCGAGGAGGGCCGGGACACAUGCCUCAUCUUUAAGCACCUGGAAAACGCGAGGUUUGGCAUUGGGUGCAACUAUUGUGCUUCCUCUUUGCUGACGUUCAAGAGCAUGGAGGCAGGUUGCAUCUAAUGUUGCUAAACAGUCAGUGUUAUGGCCCACCCACCAGAAACCCUGCGGGCAGAGCUGGUCUCCCAGAUGUUGUUUUUGAGAUGUACAUUAGGCUUAAAGAAUUGUCUGUGGGACAGAUCUAAAGCUGUUCGUGGCCCUGCGCUAAAAUGAUCAACUUCUCCUCCUGUUUAUCAGAGCUUGAUAUUUACAGAAGACGGGAAAGAUAUCUGCUGGCUGUGAUUUGUUGUUGUUUAUCUCAAAGUAUUUGCUCUGAACCUCGAGGGCAUUGUGUCUAAAAGGCAGCAUGUGUACAGGCCCUAAAAAGUGUAGACUAUCUCUUAAAAUAUCCUCUGCUGAGUCCUUUAUCGCUGUGGAGAGUCACAGGCUGGAACUGUUUUUUUUCUGGGCGCAGUGAGCAAUAAAGUUGUAGGUAGUCGGAGCGUAAGAGAGAGCCAGGUGAGCUGUUUCCCCGUUUCCACUCUUUAUGCUAAGCUAUGCUAACAGGCGCCAAUUUUGUAUUCACAAACAUUACAGUGGGACGAACUUCACAACUAACUCCCAGCAAGAAAGCUACUAAGCACAUAUACCAAAAAAUGUCAAACUAGUUCUUGAAGGCUGGCAAAGCCUUCGCUGAGAUGCGCUGUUUCUUUGUCAUCACUUUACUGUACAGUUUGUGUGUUUGGGUUUUGGGGAAAAAAGAGGAGAGUUGUUAUGAUUUCAUAAUGGACUUCACUUUUUACUAUACAACAUUUAUUCAUGACGUGAGUUUUAACAAGAACAUUAUAUACUGGGUCUGAUUUGUGUUGUUGCUGAACCACAAACAAACAGCUUUUUAUAAUGGUGUCUACUUUAUCAUAUGUAAUAUACAAAUUAAGGCAAACUGUUUUUUUGUUAUUGUCAAUAUUACAAAAAUAUGUUUAAACAUUUAAAACUAUA